UCUUUCCCAGGGGCAGUCCUCCUUUAAAAAGCCCUGCAAGGAUACCCCCAGCCAUUGCAUGCAGGCUUGGGAGCUGCACACAGGCAGCAGGGAGCUGGGGGGCCGGGAAGUUUGUGUGCAAGUAGGUCACUGGCGCGUGCACUCAGCAGCUUCCAGCUCCCCUGCACUGGGCUGCGAAGGGACAUCGAGCAGGGGCCAGUACGCGGGAACGGACUGGUCUGAGUUAUUUGCAGAGCAGACAGCUCCGGGGUGUCAUCUUAACAACGCUUGCGGCACCAUGAAGGCUCUUCUCCUCGUCCUUCUGAUUGAACUUUGCCUUGGGUCCCUUUUCCCAGAGAAGGAGAAGAGCCCCCAGUACUGGCGCGACCAGGCUCAGCAGACGUUGAGAAACGCCCUGAAGCUGCAGAAGCUCAACACAAACGUGGCCAAGAACAUCAUCAUGUUCCUGGGAGACGGAAUGGGGAUCUCCACAGUCACCGCGGCACGCAUCCUCAAGGGGCAGCUGCAGCACAUGCAGGGCGAAGAAACCAUGCUGGAAAUGGACAAAUUUCCUUAUGUGGCCCUGUCCAAGACCUACAAUACCGAUGCCCAAGUGCCAGACAGUGCCGGCACGGCCACGGCUUAUCUUUGCGGGGUGAAGGCCAACGAGGGGACGGUGGGCGUGAGCGCGGCCGUGAUGCGAGACCAGUGCAACACAACGGCCGGCAAUGAAGUCACGUCGAUCCUCAAGUGGUCGAAGGAAGCAGGGAAAUCUGUGGGUAUCGUCACCACCACGCGAGUGAACCAUGCAACGCCCAGCGCAGCCUACGCCCACUCGGCCAACAGGGACUGGUACUCGGAUAACGAGAUGCCCCCGGAAGCCAUUCAGCAAGGCUGCAAGGACAUUGCCCAGCAGCUGUUUGAGAACAUCCCUAACAUCGAGGUGAUCAUGGGCGGCGGCAGGAAGUACAUGUUCCCCAAGAACACCACCGACGUGGAGUACCAGACUGAAGACAAGUACAGGGGCACACGCCUGGACGGGAAAACCCUCAUCAGUGUCUGGAAAGAGAAGAAACCUAAAGACAAGAACGCCCAUUACGUCUGGAAUCGCCAGGACCUGAUGGCUCUCGACCUGAACAAAGUAGACUUCCUCCUAGGCCUCUUCGAGCCAGUCGACCUGAUGUACGAACUGGACAGGAACAACCAAACGGACCCUUCCCUGACUGAGAUGGUGGAGGUGGCCAUCAAGAUCCUCCAGAAAAACCCCAAAGGAUUUUUCCUGCUGGUGGAAGGGGGCAGGAUCGACCAUGGCCACCACGAGGGGAAAGCCAAGCAAGCACUGCACGAGACCGUGGAGAUGGACAGAGCUAUCGGCUUGGCCAGCCGCCUGACCACGGAGAACGACACCCUGACCGUGGUUACGGCAGAUCACUCCCACGUGUUCACCUUCGGGGGCUACACGCCGCGUGGCAACUCCAUUUUCGGUCUGGCUCCGAUGCAGAGCGACGUGGAUAAAAAGCCCUUCACUGCCAUCCUGUACGGAAAUGGUCCUGGGUACAAACUCAUAGGAGGAGGAAGGGAGAACGUGUCCACGGUGGAUUUUGCUCACGCCAACUACCAGGCCCAGUCGGCUGUGCCCCUGCGCCAGGAGACCCACGGCGGUGAGGACGUGGCUGUCUUUGCCAAGGGGCCCAUGGCUCAUCUUCUGCAUGGGGUCCACGAGCAGAACUACAUCCCACACGUCAUGGCUUAUGCUGCCUGCGUUGGCCCAAACACCAACCACUGCCGCUCCGGGGCUCCCUGUGGCACGGGGGUGGCUCUGCCUCUCCUCUCCACCUUUGCUUCUCUCUUCAUCCUCCUGUGCUUGUUUUGAAGACUUGCUCUCGGGCAACUCACUCCCUCCUGCCACAGACCAGAGCUCCCCAGCUGUCCCAACCAGAGGUCUCUACCCCGUUGCAAGACCCCCGUGCAAUACGGAGGAUUUGGGAGCAGGGGGUUUACCCCGCUGGAAGUCCUGCCAAGGCUCCCUGUGUCCCCAUCUACAGACCUGCUCGGCCCUCUCCCCAGGCCGGCGGUGAAUCCUUCUCUGGGCCCAGAAGGGGUGGUGAGCUCUGCUCGUGGCUUAGCCAUUGCUGACUCUGGCGAACAUCCCCGGUCUGGCUGCACCGGAUUCGAUGUUGGCUUCGAGGGCUGGAAACGCGGGGCUGUUUUUACAGUUAUUUCCUGGACAACGAUGGGAGCGUUCCCAAUUCUGUGAAACCAAAGGUAGAGCUGCCACGGAGCAGUCUUUCUGGGACAUAUAUGUUUCGUCUCUGAGAAGUCCAUCAGGGUUUGUCGAGGGCUUCACUCCUCCCGGACAUCACUCGAGCAAUUUAAAAAAUCACACAAAACAAUCACAGAGUAGCAGACUUCCUCUUUUCCAUCUUCCUGUGCUUGGCUUUCUUUUCCUUUCCCCUGUGGCUGCUGCUUUCCUGAGAUAUUUGUAUGUAACUAGAGGCUGCCAUCCCUGCGAUCAGGGUCUACGUCUGAUGGGCCCAAACCAAAACCCAGAUCCCGACUUCGGGAGCAGAGGCUGUUGGGAUCUGAACCAAGACCCAAAUUUUGCUUCUGUCAAGCGUGUGUCUGGUUUGUGGUGUGAAAGCACCCUCAAGAAAUCAGUCACGUACAUCUAACAGAAAUCGGGCACCAGAAAUUUCCUCCUCGGUCUGACGGAUCCAAGUCUGACACAAUUCAGAUUCUGGGCCGUGGCACCGCUGGUGAGAAAAUCUGGUGAAAAGAAAUAUCCCCCUAUUCUGUUCGACUCCUUUCCUCAGCCCUUGCCAGGUCAGAUGCCCCUAGGUGUGGCUUGGGUUGGCCAUUUAUCCCAGGCCUUCUGGCACGAUUUUGAUUUUGCAUGGGCUACACGGCAUCCCUCCAGCCCAUCUUGUCAGACACGAAAGGGCUGCGGAGAUGAUGCAUCUUAAUCAGAUCUUGGCAAGGCCGUGACACCAAGGUGCUGAGACCAAAAUGUGAGAUCCUGGGCCACCCAAACCUUUGCAGGCUUUGCAAGGAACGUCCCAGAUCCCUGUUGCUGCAGGGUGGGCUCGGUCGCAGCGGAGGGGGGGCCACAGAGCGAAUGGAGAUGGGUUGUAACCCGACUUCCCUUGAGCAUAUAAAAGGGACUGGUCUGUGCAUCAGGCAGGUUCAUAUUUCCACCAAGCUGGUUUUGAAUCGUGUCUUGAUACCAUGAUGCUCCAUUGGGACAUCAGGAGAUAGUUGCAAAAGCCUCAGUGAUUUAGAAGUCUAAAUGCCAUUGGAAAGUAAUGGGACUCAGGAUCCCGAAUCACUUUGGCCCAAAUGACUGUUAUCUUACCACUGCUUUGUGGACUCUUGCCACUUGCUAAGAUACUCCAGUGUCUAGAGAAAAGGUCCACAGCCCUAUCUCCGGGUGCCCUGAGCGACGGUGAGGGUGGGGGACUCUCUGCCGUGGCCGGUGAGGAUUGGUUCCACGUUAGGAAAUACGAACGCCUUCCCCAAUCGCUGAGUAUCCAAUUUGGGUCAAUUUUGUCCUUUGAGUUAUUUUUUUUAAUAAAGACUUUCAAGAAAAUGAUUUUGGUACA